CAUGGGGGCCCUUCUUCCUCAUGUUCUUGUCUGAAAGUACUCUGCCUGACUAAAACCCUCUCUCAGCUCAAUCGUCAUGUUCGCUUCUCUGCUGCUGGCUGCGUUGCCCCUUCUUGCCCACGCCGCGCUCACCUAUCGCGGCGCAGACAUCUCUUCUCUCUUGCUGCUGGAAGAUGAGGGCUAUAGCUAUAAGAAUCUCAAUGGCCAAACCCAAGCCUUAGAGACAAUUCUCGCCGAUGCUGGCAUCAAUUCCAUUCGUCAGCGUGUGUGGGUGAACCCCAGCGACGGCAGCUACGAUCUGGAUUACAAUUUGGAGCUGGCCAAGCGGGUCAAGGCGGCUGGCAUGAGCAUUUACCUGGACCUGCAUCUGAGUGAUACAUGGGCGGAUCCUAGCGACCAGACGACACCUUCCGGCUGGUCCACGACCGACCUCGGCACUUUGAAAUGGCAGCUGUAUAACUACACGCUAGAAGUAUGCAACACUUUUGCGGAGAACGAUAUUGAUAUCGAAAUCAUCUCGAUCGGCAAUGAGAUUCGUGCCGGUCUUCUCUGGCCUCUGGGCGAAACGAGCAGCUAUUCGAACAUCGGCGCACUGCUGCACUCGGGUGCUUGGGGAGUGAAGGAUUCCAACCUGGCGACCACCCCCAAGAUCAUGAUCCAUUUGGACGACGGCUGGAGUUGGGAUCAGCAGAACUACUUUUACGAGACCGUGUUGGCCACGGGCGAGCUGCUGUCUACGGACUUCGACUACUUUGGUGUUUCCUACUACCCGUUCUACAGCGCGUCAGCAACUUUGGCAUCCCUGAAGACUAGUCUGGCGAACCUGCAGUCGACCUACGACAAGCCGGUGGUGGUUGUGGAGACGAACUGGCCGGUCUCGUGCCCGAACCCGGCGUACGCAUUCCCCUCGGAUCUGAGCUCGAUCCCCUUCUCGGUCGCGGGCCAGGAAGAGUUCCUCGAGAAGUUGGCAGCCGUUGUGGAGGCCACUACUGAUGGUCUGGGAGUGUACUAUUGGGAGCCAGCCUGGAUUGGCAAUGCUGGGUUGGGUUCGAGCUGCGCUGAUAACCUGAUGGUGGAUUACACCACGGACGAAGUGUACGAGAGCAUCGAGACUCUCGGGGAGCUCUGAAAAGGGGCGAAAGAUAAGAUUUUGACUUUUGUAGGAUACUAGUAUAAUUCAGGAUGUUGAUGCGUCUGGAAAUUGUGGGAAGGGGGGGAUGCGUGCUCCAU